AUGGUGGUCUUCGUUAACGCAAAGAUCAAGUCUUUCAUUAAACUUUUCAAGAGGAAAACGGUUUCCAAUCUCGAUGAGGAGAGCAGAUGGACGGUCCACUACACUGCCCCAUGGCACCAGCAGGAGAACGUGUUCCUUCCCACCACAAGGCCUCCCUGUGUGGAGGACCUGCACCGCCAGGCCAAGCUGAACCUCAAAUCUGUGCUGAGGGAAUGUGACAAGCUGCGGCGAGAUGGUUACCGGAGCUCUCAGUACUAUUCUCAGGGACCCACCUUUUCCACCCACUCCAGCCCGCUCUGUGACGAUUAUCAAGAUGAGGACGAAGAAGCAGAUCCAAAGUGUUCUGUCUCGUCAUCAGAAGAGGAGAGAGUCAUUUCCAUCAGAAGACCUAAAACUCCAACCUCAAGUGACUUCGACCUUAAUACUCACACGAACUGGACCAAGUCCCUUCCGUUGCCAACCCCCGAAGAGAAGAUGCGGCAGCAAGCCCAGAUAGUCCAAGCUGAUGUGGUUCCUAUUAACGUAACUGGGGAGAAUUUCGAUCGCCAGGCCAGCCUUCGGCGGUCUCUCAUUUACACAGACACUCUGGUAAGACGACCGAAGAAAGUCAAAAGGAGAAAGACUAUUACAGGAAUCCCUGACAGCAUACAGAAGGAGCUAGCAUCAGGCACUGGCCAAGAGGAUGUUGGGGGUCACGCGAUGUAUAUGCCAGACCACUACUCCACACUAGGGAGGCUCAACAGCCUUCGGUCUUCGGGGCCCCGCUCGGAAACCAGAGACUCCAGCUGCCAGACGGAGGAAGUACGCGUGGUGCCUCCUUCCAUGCGAAGAAUCCGGGCUCAGAAGGGGCACGGCAUCGCGGCCCAGAUGAGCCACCUCUCAGGCUCCUCUGGGAACAUGUCGGUGCUGAGCGACUCCGCUGGCGUCGUGCUGCCUUCUCGCCUCCACAGCGACGCUGGUUUCCACAGCCUUCCGCGCUCUGGCGCCAGGGCAAGCCUGCAGGCCUUGGAGCCAAGGCUGGGUGCCUUGGGCCCCACAGAAGAUUCAGAUGGCACCUUCUCCUACCAGAGGGGUCACCCACACAUCGAUGAAGCCUUAAAGCAUGCAGGGGGAGCCUCGGGGACACUCCUGAGGCCCAGAUCCCAGGAGCUGAGGCACUUUGAGGGCGAGAACGGAACCACCCCAGCAUGCGUGGUUUCCCCUCAUGCUACCUACUCCACCAGCAUCAUUCCAAAUGCCACGCUGUCGUCCUCCUCAGAGGUCAUUCUUAUCCACACUGCUCAGAGUUUAGGGUCCCUGGACAGUAAAAAUACCAGCUCACCCUCGUAUGCAAAGACCAGGCCCAGAGACCACCGUUUCUCCCGGCACGUGGUAAGAGAAGGCUAUCAGGCUCCCAGCGGCCACUGGGAUAAGAGUCCCCCCACUGUCCUUUCACAGGCUGCCUUAGACACCAGCACCCCUGAUGCUGACACCCUGUUGUCCCUCUGUGAAUCCGCAGCCCCUCAGAAUCCCCCAGCAGGUAUGGAGAACGGGGUCCAAGCUGGAGCAUACGCUUGUCAAAACAACCUGAGCUUCCCAAGCCACCCCCUGGAUGUGGACGGGAAGAGCGAGUCCAGUUAUGGUGGGGGACCCGCACCAGGCAGCCCUGAGUCCUGGGGCUCCCGUGACCCAGCUACUGGGAGGGUGUCCCCCCAGAAGGCCCCAUGUGCCACACCGGGCUGCUCCACGCCCACCAGUAACCUGAGCAGCUGCAGCUUGGACCAAACGUCGACCAAGGAGGAUGCCAGGUCCCUGUGCUCAUUGGACCACAACGGCUACCACACCCCCGUGCACCGGCCAGCGGAAGUGACCCACAGUAGCGAAGGCUUCGGCCACUCCCGGCACAGUGUCGUCAAUGUCUUUGACGCAAGGGCUCAGAAGCCCCCCGGGGAGCGGCCAACCUACCCGGACAAAUCCCUGUCCCGAAGCAUCUCCCUCAAGAAGGCCAAGAAGCCCCCGCUGCCCCCCUCGCGGACCGACUCCCUCCGCAGGGUCCCCAAGAAGGGCCCUCAACCCAACGGGCAGGUGCUGAACGAGAGCCUGAUCGCCUCCCUGCAGCACUCGCUGCAGCUGAGCCUGCAGUGCAAUGACGCCAGCUCGCCCUCGCACAGCCCCUGCAGCGACCUGGAUGAGCCCUGGGGGCCCCGCUCGCGCAGCCAGAGCACGGUCAGCGCCAGCAGCAGCAUGACCUCCGCCACCACCCCCAACAUGUACGCCCCUUGCGCGGCCACGCCCUCGCAGAGCGACACAAGCAGCCUCAGGUCCGAGUACACGGACCCCUGGGGCUACUACAUCGACUACACCAGCGUGCAUGAGGACCCCGGGACCCCCGGAGGGGCAGGGCCCUCCAGCGGGGGCGCCGGCCCGGCCCGCCAUGCCCCGGAGGGGGCCAGGACCACCACCACGGCCCCCGAACCCGGCCCUGCAGUCAAACCAAAGAUCGCCUCCCCGGAGAAGGCCCACCGAGUCACGUCACCCUCCAGUGGAUACUCCAGCCAGUCCAACACCCCCACGGCCCUCACCCCCGUGGCCGUGUUCUUGAAGUCAGCAUCCCCAGCAAACGGGAAGGGGAAGGCCAAGCCUAAGGUGCCAGAGAGGAAGUCCUCCCUGAUCUCCAUGUCCAUGUCCUCGUCGUCCACCUCCCUGUCCUCCAAUACUUCCACGGAGGGGAGUGGGACUGUGAAGAAGCUGGAUUCCUCUGCGCCCCCUCCGGCUCCUCCUCCUCUCCCGGCCCCCCACUCUGCUGACAGGUCGCCUUUGCUGCCCCCGCCUCCCCCUUCAGAUUCCUCAGGGGGCUCGCCUUUGCCUCUCUCACCCGUCUUCCCCCCUCCACCCCCAGAAGUCCUGGUUCCAUUCAGCCCCCCAGCUGAGGUUUGCUUUCCUCCUCCCCCCACGUCGCUUAGCCCCCUCCUUCCCCAUCCACCGGCCUCCUUGCCAUCUCCCCCCUCUUUCCUGCCUUCCCCAGGCCCACCCCCUGCCCCACCUCUAGACCCUAAGCUCAUGAAGGACACCAGGCCUUGUAGACAACCCAGCCAGCCAGACUCGCCCUGGGAUGCCCGCAAGCAGGCUUCCAACAAGGAGGAGAGCGCCCGCCCACCCAUGCCCCUCAUAACCACCGAGGCAUUACAGAUGGUGCAGUUGAGGCCCGUGAGAAAGAGCUCCGGAACCGAGGGGGCCCCGUGGGCCGAAGGACACUCUCAGGAGAAACCAGCCCCAGUGGUUCCACAGCAUCCUUUAAAGCCAUCUGCCUUUCUGAAAUCCCGAAAUAGCAUCAAUGAAAUGGGGAGUAAAAGCCAGAAUGCCUCCACGCCUCCAGCUCCUGCCAAGAACGCCAGCCAGGGUCACCAUGACAGUGCAGCCGAGCGUGGCGGCCUCCAGAGCCACAGAGAUGGGGCGCAGGCGGCCCGGGGCCCCGGAGCCUGGUCCCCGGCUGAGCCGCAGAGUGCGAAGGCGCAGCCCGCACCCUCGGAACCGCACGGCUCCUCGCCCAGCAGGAAGCCGCCUCCUAUUUCCAAGAAGCCCAAACUGUUCCUCGUGGUGCCACCUCCUCAGAGAGAUUUCCCGGCGGAGCGCACGGAGAACGUGAGCGAAGCCCUCGGAGGCGCGCCCAGCCCCGGCGGGGGAGAGGCGGACGCCGCACACGGCAAGGAGGCACCAGAGAGGGCGGCAGCUGGGCCCCACGCUGAUGAGCCAGACGGCUGCAGCUCCGUCCUGGAGGGAGGACCCGCAGCAGAUGCAUCCCCGGGCCGAGUGGAAGCCGAUGCCCCCAUGGUCCAGCCCGAUGCCUCGCCAACCCCUAAGCAGGAAGAUCUGGGCACCUGGGACGAAGGCAGCAGCACAGACAGCAGCGCUGAGGGCGUGGGCAAUGGGGAGCGACGCCCGUCCCAGGAGGAGGCACGAGCUGGGGUGCUGGAGAGCGAUGGGGCAGGACCUUCCUCUAAGGCCUGGGACUUCCUCAAGGAAGAAGGAGGUGAUGGGUUGAUGGCCCCUAGCAGACCCCGGACCACCGAAGACCUCUUUGCAGCGAUUCACAGGUCCAAAAGGAAAGUCCUUGGCCGCAAAGAUUCAGACGACGACCACUCCCGAAACCAUUCUCCCUCCCCCCCGGUGACCCCCACAGGGGCUGCCCCGACCCUGACGUCCCCGAAGCAGGUGGGGUCUAUUCAGAGGAGCGUCCGCAAGAGCAGCACCAGCAGUGACAACUUCAAGGCCCUGCUGCUCAAAAAGGGGAGCCGCUCGGACACGAGCGCCCGCAUGUCAGCGGCCGAGAUGCUCAAGAACACGGACCCUCGGUUCCAGAGGUCAAGGUCGGAGGCCGCCCCAGACGCCCCCGAGAGCCCGUCGAGCUGCUCCCCGAGCAAGAACCGAAGGGCGCAGGAGGAAUGGGCCAAGAACGAGGGCCUGAUGCCGCGGAGCCUGUCCUUCUCGGGGCCGCGCUACGGCCGCAGCCGCACACCGCCCUCUGCCGCCAGCAGCAGGUACAGCAUGCGCAACCGCAUCCAGAGCAGCCCGAUGACCGUCAUCUCCGAGGGCGAGGGGGAGGCCCCGGAGCCCGUGGACAGCAGAGCUCGCCGGGGCUUGGGGGCCGCCAGGGGAGGCUCGCUGGACGGAGUGGCCAGGAGCGACACGGACCUGGACAGCCUGCUCCGGGCCGAGGAGGCUCUCCUCGAACCCGCAUGCUCAGAAGACAGGGAUCCCUUGGGACAGUGUGGAGCCCCUCCGCGGGAAGAGAGUUAA